CAAGACCUGUCUGCUGUGCCGCUUCACCGACAACGAGUUCCACUCCUCGCACAUCUCCACCAUCGGUGAAGAAAGAGCAUAGAGAGAUUAAGAAGCUUUCCUGAGAACACACAGGAAGCUGUUAUUCUGCAGAGGGAUGAGAGAACGACCUCCUACUAUGCGCACGACCUCCUACUAUGUGCACGUGCUUCACAUCCACUGCCUAAUUCGUAUCCCACAACAGCUCUUAGGAGGCCAGUGGUAUUGUCGUUCUACAGAUCUGAGGUGGAACUCAAGAAUUUGCAUUUUCCAACAAGUCCCAGCUGAUGCUGAUGCUGAUGCUACGGGUCUGGGGACCACACCUUGAGAACCACUGUCUAGAAGCCGGCUUUCGAAAGUGUGAUCCAUGGGCCAAUAGCAUCGGCCUCACUUGGAAGUUUAAUUCAGCAUCUCGGGCCUCAUCUCACAGGCGUGGAUUUUAAGAUGAAGACCAUAGAGGUAGAUGGCAUCAAAGUGCGGAUACAGAUUUGGGACACAGCGGGGCAGGAGAGAUAUCAGACCAUCACAAAGCAGUACUAUCGACGGGCCCAGGGGAUAUUUUUAGUCUACGACAUUAGCAGCGAGCGCUCUUACCAGCACAUCAUGAAGUGGGUCAGUGAUGUGGAUGAGUAUGCACCAGAAGGUGUCCAGAAGAUCCUCAUAGGGAAUAAGGCCGAUGAAGAGCAGAAGCGGCAGGUGGGAAGAGAGCAAGGGCAGCAGCUGGCUAAAGAGUACGGCAUGGACUUCUAUGAAACAAGUGCCUGCACCAACCUCAACAUUAAAGAGUCUUUCACGCGGUUGACAGAGCUGGUGCUGCAGGCCCACAGGAAGGAGCUGGAUGGUCUCCGGACACGUGCCAGCAAUGAGUUGGCAUUGGCCGAGCUGGAGGAGGAUGAGGGCAAACCUGAGGGCCCAGCGAACUCUUCAAAAACCUGCUGGUGCUGAGGGUCCUGCGUGGAGCAGCCGCCAAUCCCCCUCCCCUCAGGAGGCCUGUGGCAGACAGGGAGUCCGGGCUUUGCCCUGCUUCUCCUCUCACUCGGGUGACCCUGUGGAAUACCAGUAGCUGCUACUCCCCUGCCUGGCCCUGAGAGCAGCCCCGCUGUCAUCUUUGAGCAGCCUCUGCCCCCAGCCCCUCCAGCCUGGAGUGGCUCCCUUCAGCCUGUUUCCCUGCCACGGGUCUGCUAUGAGCCCCCAGUACGCUACGGGCACUGUCUCACCGCCCCGAGCUCCCCGGACAGCGGCCCAGUCUGGAGUACGGCCACUUGAAGGCCCCUUCUUUCUCAGUGCAUCUUGCCUCCUCUCUGCUUUUUCUCUCUUCCUCCCACUUCUCUUUCUUGUCCCCUUCCCCUCCAGUGUGUUUUGUAUCAAAGCCCCUCACAUCUCUUUCCCUGUAUGUCCUCCUGUGUGGCUGCUGGUGCAGCUUCUUUCUUUCCUUUCUCCCUAACCCUGUCCAAGGGAAUGGACUCAGGCUCAUGGGGAUGUUCCAUAUUCUUCUUCUGGGAGAACCCCCCUGCUUUGUGAAGGGGCCAAAGCCUACAGGGUACUUCUUCCUAUCUUCCCUCCCCACCGUCGCUUCUCAUGCCAUGGGCCUGCCUCACCAAUGGUUUGGGGAAAUGUACAUCAAGGCAGGAAGGAGACGCCAACCUGGUGGUCCUCAAGACUGGGGCUGUCCCACCUUUCCCUGCCUGCCCCCCCACCCCCCAGCUUGGGCCUUGCUUGGCCGCCUGCCCACCUGCCUCUUGGGGGAAGUGAGCUCAGAAGCAGGUGCUUCAGAGAAGAAAACAAAAUGUUGUGGGGAGGCAGGGAUAAAAAGUCACCUCCGUUCUCUACCUCCCGUGCCCCUUGUACGCAGUUUCUCCCCACCUGGGCUCCUGAAUUUAAAGACAUGCACCGAGGCCUCAGGGCACCGCAGGGGCAAGGAAAGCCGGGGGCCAGCGAUAUUGACAAGCAAACCACACCCCCCCAGAAAGAGGAGUGUCUGGAGAUGAAGGUCUAGCCCCUAUAUACCAGGUUAAAGCAAGGGGGAGGAGGCCAGAGACGGCAUUGUGCACACCAGAGGGGAAUAUGGCAGGAGCAGGGCUCCCUGGGCCCCGGCUUCCCUUUCUGUGUAAGAAGGGCCUUUCUCCGCAACCCCCCGGCAAGUAAGAGGGGACAUAACCACCCAACCCAGCCUUCAGCUCUCAAGGUUUCGCUGAGACUCAAAGUCUGUGGGAGAAGAGCUGUGACUUCAUGGGGAGAGAGAAAGAAGGCCCUGGGUAGAAAUGCUUGGUGCUGUUCUCUUCAGCCUUCCAGACAAAGUGCUCAUCUUGCCCCUCUAGCUCCUGGAACAGGAGCCACCGGCACUGUGGCUACAGGAGGAGGGAAGUGGACUCCCUCCUCCAGAGCUCUUCAUUCAGGAAGAAGUUCCUUUAACCCCACAUGGCCCAAGAGUGGCUUGAAGGAGGUGCUUUAAAGAAGGAACAAGUCAGUUAGCAGCCCUAGUAGGGUUCCUCCCCACCUUCCCAAGGAGGAGGCUCAUUCUUAAGCUACAUAUUAGCAGCAUCACAUGGCUAGGGCUGGAGCUAAGACAACACUGAACAUUCAUCAACUAAGGACCAAAGUCCAGGGCACACACAGGUGAAGGAUUAAGAGCCCCACUUCCUUAUUCCUCCCCCCCCCCCAAAAAAAAAAGUGGGGAAGAAAUGACCAAACCUUUCCUUCUGACUCUUAUCAGAGUAGGAGAGGGUAGCUCAGGAUGUAGGGACAGGGAUAGGUUAACCGUAGUGGAAGGAAAAGGAGGGCAGGAAUAGUUAUAAAUUGUUAGCUAAUGAGAAAUUUAGAUAAAGACUCUUUAGGAUGAAGUCAUGACUAUGGCUGGGAUGCUUUCUUGAGGACUGACUCCUCAGGUGUUAGACACAGCAUCACACUGGGGGCAGGGAGAUGGUUAUGCCAACCCACAGUGUGCCCUCUGCCAGGGACUUCAGGGCGCUGGCUCCAACCUGGAUCAGUAUUGCAGCUUUCCCUGAGGAUCAGGCAGAGCACCAUUGCCUUUCUCUCCUAGCCCCCUUCGGACAGAGGGACUAUAUUUUUACUGUACCCUAGGGGUUCUGGAAGGGAAAGCAUAGGGUGGAGAUUCUAUGAACUGAUUAGCCCCAUCCCCAAGGGCCACAGCUGGGGAGAGGUAUGGGAGCCAGAGGGUUGAACUUUUAGGGUGCAGCUAUGCUCACAAGGAAUUGGAGUCGGCAUCUCACCCCUAAACUUCUCCAGUCCAAGAGGUGGCCUGGGAUCUGGCAUUAGGCCCAGAGUUUUGCACAGGUACUUCUGCCUGUUUACUUAUCACCUCUGCAUCUGCUGUCUUGAGAUUCAGCCCAGCCCCAGGCAUUUCCACCUGCUCCAGAGCCCCCACCAUCUCCCUGUGACGGGUGAACUUUGUGUACUGUGUCUCAGAACCAAUAUAUGACUUGUGAGCAGGGUUCAUCUAUUUUAAACACAGAUGUUUACAAAAUAAAGAAUAUUUCAAACCAGA